UACUUGGCACUUCUAAAUACAGUAAAAAUUUUAAAAAUAGAAGCAUCAGUUGAAUAUUUGUAACUUUUGAAGAAUUCGAAGAGUUCCUUUUAACCAGGUCUCGCGUGUGUGUGUCCGCCGUCGUGGGUGCCGCUGCCGCUGACGCGAUAUAUUGUAAUUACAUAUAUCCCGAGAUUAAUCGAGACUUAUAGAUACGCCGCUGCCGCCUCGCCGCCGCCGCCGCGUUGAUAACAUAUUCCGGGAGUCCCCACUUUGCAAGUAACAAACAGAACCGUGGACGACCACGCAGCUGAAACCGUUGCCGCCAUGCCCGGAGCCGGCACGUUCAAGCUUUUCAUCGGUAACCUCGACGAGAAGACGCAGGCCACCGAGCUGCGGGCACUAUUCGAGAAGUACGGCACGGUCGUUGAGUGCGACGUGGUGAAGAACUAUGGUUUCGUGCACAUGGAAACGGAGCAGCAGGGUCGCGACGCCAUCCAGAAUCUGAACGGUUACGUGUUGAAUGACAAUGCCAUCAAGGUGGAGGCGGCCAAAAGUCGACGGGCCCCGAAUACCCCGACGACGAAAAUCUUCGUGGGAAAUCUAACGGAUAAAACGCGGGCGCCGGAGGUGCGGGAACUUUUCCAAAAAUACGGCACCGUCGUCGAAUGCGACAUUGUGCGCAAUUAUGGGUUCGUGCAUCUGGACUGUGUCGGCGAUGUGCAGGAUGCCAUCAAGGAGCUGAAUGGUCGCGUCGUUGACGGCCAGCCGCUCAAAGUGCAAGUGUCAACGAGUCGUGUACGGCCCAAGCCGGGCAUGGGCGAUCCGGAGCAGUGUUAUCGUUGCGGCCGUUCCGGUCAUUGGUCGAAAGAGUGUCCGCGCCUCUAUGGCAGCGCCGGAGGCGGACGCGAGCCCCCGUCGCCGCUCAGCGCUGGCGGCUACAGGGACCGAAUGUACGGUCGCGAUCCGUAUCCGCCGCCACCACCUCCUCCGCCUUUCCUGCGUGACCGCAUCAUGGAUGGCUUUAGGGAUUACGAUUACUAUGACCGUCGCUUCGAGGAUUCCCGGGAUCUGUAUGAGCGCCGCUAUCAGACGUCGCGUAUGCGCGAUUUUGCGCCGCCACCGCCCAUUUCGCGUCGCGAGCCAAUGCCCUUGCCGCCCCCCUUGAGCGGCAGCCUGCGUUCGUGCAGCGUCACACGUGGAUAUGAUACGAUGUUUAGUCGCCGAUCGCCGCCUCCGCCGCGUAGCAGCAACGGAAUGAGUCGUUAUGGCUCCCCGACACCGCACGGCUAUGAGGACUUUAGCCGGGACUCGUUCGAUGAACGGAUGAUCUCGUCGCGCGGCAUGCGUGGUCCCUCACCUCCGGGUCGCCGAUAUGCGCCCUACUGAGAUGAGUUUUACUAUCACGGCAGCAGCUGAGUGGCGGUCGCAUAUCCCAUGACUAUGUCCCCGUUCCACACGCUCUACCAUUUGCCAAACACACCGAGGGGUGCCGCCGCGGACUGUUGUUGGCUCUUCUGCUGGCCGCCAGCGGCCUACUAUCACCACUAUCAGCACAUGCUGCUGCCAGCCCUUUCACAACUCUGGUUGCCGCCCUGGUGAACCACGCCCGCCCCCCCUAUACUACUAAGUCUCCCCCUACAUACACUAUAAUUCGUAAAUUUAAACUAUAAAGUAAUCAAGAACCACUUGUAGUAGCAUCCUCCUAAAAAAUGCAUAACUCUGCCGAGAGACUAGACAACGACGACACAUCCCCACUCUGCGAUUCGUCCCAUCGGCAGGACAUCAAUAAUGUUUACCAAUAAAGAGCAUAAGCGGUCGUUAUGCAAAAAUA